GGUACAUAAGAUAAGGGAGGAACUGAUCAAAGUGUUGAGCCAGUCCUUUCAGACUACGUUGCAUCGACAGAGCAGAAGGAAGGAAAAUCCACAAUAUGAGUGUUUGUGUGGAGGAAGAAGAGGACAGUACAGAGCCACCGAUAUCCAGCAGUCUGUCUAUAAGGAGUGACUUUUCCAGAGAUGAACCUCCAUUCUUCAGUAAUGCACCAAGACCCUCAAAAACAAAAGGAUUUAGAAAUGUGCUUUGAAGAAAAACAUCUUGGUGUUUGCAGAGUUCAGCACCACAGACUGAGAGCAGAAUCUCCAAUAUCCAGCCUGUCAAUGAAAAGUGACUUUUCUAAGGAUGAACCUCCGUUCUUCCGUAAUGAACCUAGACCCUCAGACACAAAAAUCCAGUACCACAAACAAAGAACACAGUCUCCACUAUCCAGCCAUCUGUCUAUGAAGAGUGACUUUUCCAAAGAUGAACCUCCAUUCUUCAGUAAUAAACCUGGACCCUCAGACACAAAGGUUCAGUACAACAGACAGGGAGCCGAGUCUCUAGUAUCCAGCUGUUUGUCUAUCAAGAGUGACUUUUCCAAAGAUGAACCUCCAUUCUACAGUCAUAAACCUGGACCCUCAGACACAAAAGAAAGGAAGAGGGCUCAUGUCUCUGUGGAGCGGCAGCUGUGCUGCUGUGCUUUGUGUCGGGAUGUCUUGAAGGAUCCAGUGUCUAUCAGCUGUGGACACUGCUUCUGCAGACAGUGCAUCAUCUCAUACUCCUCCUGUCCUCAGUGUGGAGAAAGAUUCAGAACAAGACCAGGACUGCAGACCAGCACCAUACAAAUGAGUGGUGGUCUGCAGGUUUUUGAUGAACAUAAGAUCAGUCUGAGGAGGAGAUGUAAAUAUGUGACUGAAGGAACCGAUGAAGCGGGAAGUGGAACCCUCCUCAAUAGGAUCUACACUGAGCUCUACAUCACAGAGGGACAGAGUGAAGAGGUUAAUAGCCAACAUGAAGUGAAGCAGCUUGAGACAGCUUCCAAGAUGGAGACCCUCCAUGACACUCCAAUCAUGUGCCACGACAUCUUUAAAACCUUACCUGACCAACAGAAACACAUCAGAGUCGUACUGACGAAUGGUGUUGCUGGCGUCGGAAAAACCUUCUCAGUGCGGAAGUUCACUCUGGACUGGGCAGAGGGUUUGGAAAACCAAGAUGUCAGUCUGGUGAUUCUGUUUUCGUUCAGGGAGCUGAACCUGAUCAAAGAUGAGCAAUACAGUCUUCUCAGGCUGCUCCAUGUUUUCCAUCCAACAUUACAGAAGGUCACAGCAAAGAAGCUCACUGUCUGUAAACUUUUGUUCAUCUUUGACGGCCUGGAUGAAAGCAGACUUUCACUGGAUUUCAAGAAGAAAAAGGUUGUGUCUGAUGUCACACAGAAGUCACCUGUAAACAUGCUGUUGACAAACCUCAUCAAGGGGAAACUGCUUCCCUCGGCUCUCGUCUGGAUAACUUCCCGACCUGCAGCAGCCAAUCAGAUCCCUCCUUCAUAUAUUGACAGGAUAACAGAAGUUCGAGGCUUCACUGAUUCCCAGAAGGAGGAGUACUUCAGGAGGAGAUUCAGUGAUGAAGAUCUGUCCAGCAGAAUCAUCUCACACAUCAAGACCUCCAGGAGCCUCCACAUCAUGUGUCUAAUCCCAGUCUUCUGCUGGAUCUCUGCUACAGUUCUGGACCACAUGUUGACUACAAACCAAAGUGGACCGCUACCUAAGACCCUGACUGACAUGUACUCACACUUCCUGCUGGUUCAGACAAAGAGGAAGAAGCAGAAGUAUUCUGAUGGCCAUGAGAUUAGUCCACAGGAGUUGAUGGAGGCUGACAGAGAAGUUCUUCUUAAGCUGGGGAGGUUGGCGUUUGAACAUCUUCAGAAAGGAAACAUCAUGUUCUACCAAAAAGAUCUGGAGAAGUGUGGUAUUGAUGUCACAGAGGCAUCUGUGUACUCUGGAGUUUGUACAGAGAUCUUCAAAAGAGAGAGUGUGAUCUUCAAGAAAACAGUCUACUGCUUUGUUCAUCUGAGCAUUCAGGAGUUUCUGGCUGCAGUCUACUUGUUCCACUGUUACACCAACAAGAACACAAAGGUACUGAAGGAUUUCUUAGGAAAAACAUACAUUGAUAUAACCCUGGAUGAAUUCCUAAUGGAAGCCAUGAUGAAAUCCCUUGAAAGUAAAAAUGGCCACCUGGACUUGUUUGUUCGCUUCCUUCAUGGCCUCUCUCUGGAGUCCAACCAGAGACUCUUAGGAGGCCUGCUGGGUCGGACAGACAACAGUCCAGAAAUCAUCCAGAGAGCUAUCAACAACUUGAAGGAGAAGAACACAACAAUCUCUCCUGACAGAAGCAUCAACAUCUUCCACUGUCUGAUGGAGAUGAACGACCACUCAAUCCAUCAGGAGAUCCAAGAGUUCCUGAAGUCAGAGAACAGAUCAAAGAAGAAACUCUCUGCAAUCCACUGUUCAGCUCUGGCCUACAUGCUCCAGAUGACAGAGGAAGUUUUGGAUGAGUUGGACCUGAAGAAGUACAACACAACUGAAGAGGGACGACUGAGACUGAUUCCAGCUGUGAGGAACUGCAGAAAAGCUCUACUUUGUAACGGUAGUCUCUCAGCGACUCACUGUGAAGUUGUAGCCUCAGCUCUGAAGUCCAACCCCUCCCAUCUACGUGAGCUGGAUCUGAGUCAGAACGCGCACCUGCAGGAUACAGGAGUGAAGCUGCUGUCGGCUGGACUGGAAAGUCCACACUGUAGACUGGAGAUUUUGAGAUUAAUGUAUUGCAAGUUAUCAAAGGCCAGCUGCACUUAUCUGGGCUCAGCCCUGAAGUCCAAUGCCUCCUAUCUGAAAGAGCUGCACCUGAGUCACAACGAAAAGCUGCAGGAUUCAGGACUGAAGAUGCUGUGUGGUUUUUUGGAGAGUCCGUACUGUCGACUUGAGACUCUGAGAUUGAUGUACUGCAGUUUGACAGAUAUUGGUUGUGCUUCUAUGGCCUCAGCUCUGAAGUCCAACCCCUCCCAUUUGAAAGAGCUGCAGCUGAGUCACAACAAGCUGCAAGAUUUUGGAGUGAAGCUGCUGUGUGACUUUCUGAAGAGUCCACACUGUAGACUGGAGACGCUGAGAUUGAUGGGGUGCAGUUUGUCACAGAUCAGCUGUGCAUCUCUGGUCUCAGCUCUACAGACCAACCCCUCCCAUCUGAGAGAUUUGGACCUGAGUUACAACAAAAAGCUGCAAGAUUCAGGAGUGAAGCUGCUGUGUGCUUUUCUGGGAAGUCGACAUUGUAGACUGGAGACUCUGGGUAUUUGGGGCUGCAGUUUGUCAGAGAUCAGCUGUGCUUCUCUGGCCUCAGCUCUGAAGUCCAACCCCUCCCAUCUGAGAGAGCUGUUACUGACUGACAACAACCUGCAGGAUUCAGGAAUGAAGCUGCUGUGUGGUUUUCUGGAGAGUCCACACUGUGUACUGGAAACUCUGGGAUUGAGUAACUGCGGUUUGUCAAAGGUCAGCUGCGCUUCUCUGGCCUCAGCUCUGAAGUCCAACCCUUCCCAUAUGAAAGAGUUGGACUUCAAUCUCAACAAAAUGCUGCAGGAUUCAGGAGUGAAGCUGCUGUGUGGUUUUCUGAAGAGUCCACACUGUAGACUGCAGACUCUGAGAUUGAACGAAUGCAGUUUGUCAGAGAUCGGCUGUAAUUCUCUGGCCUUAGCUCUGAAGUCCAACCCCUCCCAUCUGAUAAAGCUGGAGCUGGGAAGAAACAACCUGAAGGAUUCAGAUGUAAAGUUGCUGUCUGAUCUGGAGAAGAGUCCACACUGUAGACUGGAGACUGUGAGCUGGAGGUGAUCUCUGUCCGAGUCUGAGUGAUGAGAAGGAUGUUUGUUUUAAGAAACGAUCAGAUCUGAUGAUCCAGAGAGGUUGAAGCAGCAGCAUCAGCUCUGCCCGGGCCAUGUUACUGGGAGGUACAGUGGAGAGGAGAGAAUCUUCCUGGAACCUGGUCCUUGACAUGAGAUGUCUGGAUUAAGAUUUUUUUAUUUUUUAUUUAUUCAGAUCUGUAUUUCUUUGUGUUGAACCUCCACGCUGUUUAAUGAUGGAGAACUGCUGUAUCACAUUAUACUGUAUCAUGAUGAUUGAAGUAUAAAUAGGUAGAUUAUGUUUUUGUUCUUUUUUCUUCUGUAUGAUUCUUUUCUCCUUGCAUACCGUACAAAUAUUGCAUUAUUUGCAGAAACCAGUGUGCUGACCCCACAGGUGAACAGAAUUAAACAAUGUUAUAAUGUAAGCGUUAGAAAGGGAAUAAACUUGACAUAUAUUUCUCGAAAUACAAAGUAAUACAUUUUUGUGUUGACCUGCCCAGGGACUCUUCUCCUUUAAUGAUAUAUUUAUUUUUAAACAUCCAGUCCUGGCCUCUUCUGAUCCCUUACCUACUCAUCCAUCACCCAUCACCAUUAUUUCUUCUCCCUGUACUCUUGGACUCAUAUUAUCUCAUCCCUCCCUCCCUUUUUCAUCAGAUAAUGAAUAUGACUGAUCAAUACUGAAGUGCUCUCCAUCAACUUCUCAGUUUCUCCUGAUCUCCCCUGAUUACUGCUUUCAUCCCUCUCUGUGUUUGCUAUGCCUCUUCCAAAUGCUAUUGAAGCAUUUCUCCUCUGCUUUUCAUCCCUCCAUUCUCUCCAGGCUGUGACUCAUCCUCAUAUCUCCUGUGUUAUUUUUUCCUCUCUGUGCAUCUGUGUUAAUGUUGGGGGGGAUUUAUUAGCACAUGUGCAGGAUGUGGGAAUAGCUGAUAUUGUGCAGAUCAUCCAGAUGAUUCAUCUCACAGCCAUGUGAACAGAAGUAGUCCAGUGACCAGUAAAUCACAAUAUUUACUGAUGGUUAAAGAUAAAUGUCCGACCGGAGUCAUUACUGUACAUUAAUGUACUAUAGGUAACAAUUUUUAAACAUAAGCUAUUGUACAUCACUCUAAGCUGUGUUAAUUGUUUCAAUCUGAACUCUCAUGUCUUACAAGACUAAUUUUAAAUGCAAAUUUUGUCAUGAACAGUAUAUUUCCUUUGAAAAUGUUUAUUAGGAGACUUUAUCCUGGAACGUGGCUCCCUCUAGUGGUACAAAAGUGACACUCCCAGUUGAGUUGAGCCUCUCAGGCAGCGCUGCACUUCCAAGCUCUUCGGAGAAAUUGUAAGUAAUAGCUGCAUCAUUUUUUCAUUGCAGAAAAGUUAAAUAAUGUUUUUUUUUAUUUUGGAUUAUGCUAGAUUGCAAGUGGUAAUAUGGAGUUAAUUCUCAUCUAGGUGUUAUAACUUCAUAAAUAUAAACCAAAUAAAUACAUAAAUAAAUAAACAAUCACUAAUCAUCUUGGUAUAAACUAUGAAUGCAUAUUUGAUUUCUAUGUUAAGUUCUAUGUUGUAUUUCUGUUGUAUUUGUCUAUAAUCUCUUCUAUUCUAUUGUGACCUCUUGUUUUUCAGGCUGUAGCCCAAUGAGUUUCUGUUUACAGUUACACCCCACAGACAGACAGACAGACAGACAGACAGACAGACAGACACACACACACACACACACACACACACACACUCCAUUUGGAAGUGUUUUAGUGUGUUGUAUGCAGACAGCCAGUGUAUUCAGGGUAACUAAGUGUUCACAGAGCAUUGAAUGCCACCCAAGAAUAUAGAGACCAGCAAACUGGUCUGGUUUCAUUUAAACCAACUUCUAUUCAGCUUUGUGACAAAGAAAUGAGCCAUUUUCAACACAACACGACACUUGUCAGUAAUCACACUUAAGACUAAGAUCAUUUACUGUUUAGCUAACUGAAUGAGUUACUUUAGUUUAUGUCCAAUGCAACAAGAAAUUUUAUACAAUAACCCACAUUAUUUUCUUAAAUAUAAAGGUAUGGCAUUUCUGUACCAUAGAUUUAACAAAAUAAGGAUACGGGAGGGGCGAGAGGUCCCGGGUUCAAUUCCCGGACGAGCCCCCAAUUUAUGUUACGCCCCUGUCUAGGGGGAAGGAGCGCCACAUAAAUGUUUGAUUUUUAGGAAGGGGGGUGUUACGGCCCUGGCCGUAUUAUUAGUAUUAUGUCAUGGUAUUGGGUUCGUCUGUGGUGUGUGUUGGUGUUUUUGUCCCUGUUCCUCUGCAGGAGUGUGCAGCCUGUCGAUUGUCAGAUCUUUGACGGCAACCCGUAGGUCAGCGCUGACUGGUCCAUGCCGUGGGCUCGGCUGGUGGAGUGUCGCCUGCUGGUUGGUUCUCCCAGGGAGCCGCAACAUCCGCCGGGGAUUCAAAACGCCGCACCACACCGAAGCUCUUCGACAGAACCUUCAGCAGCAGCAUCCUUCUGUCCUCGGUUGUAGAGUGUGUGUUUUUGCGAUAGCGUGAAUUGUUAGGAUCUUAGUAGAUAGUGUUUUUGUAUGAUUGUGUUUAGUGAGUAUCGUAAGGGUGAGCUGCCAUUUUCUUUGUACUACUUUUCUCCUGUUUUUCAUUAGGAUAGGGAGUUAGGUUUAGUAACUGUAUUUUAUUUAUAUUGCAUAGGGAUUAGUAAGGAUUUUUGUUUAAGGAAGUUAGCCCUGUUUUGUUUGUUGUUUUGGCCUUGGUUCACCCUGAAGUUUGUUGUUUAGUCUUUGUUGCACUUUGUUUCACCUGUUUGUAAAUAAAUCACAUCACUUGAUUGUUAA